UACGUUUUUAGGUUUCACCCUCGCAUAACUGGGCCCACACAUGUGCAAUUAACAAGAAUUCAAGGGGGUUGUUACCCUGCAUAUAUCACGUCUUCUAUUUUUACGAAAAUUAAUAUAAGAAAAAUACAGACUUGUCACCAUGUGAAGCUCCCUCAUUCCAAAUCAGGUUCUACGUAUUCCCAAACAACAAAAUGUGAGGUUAUGUUAAGACAUGGGGGCUGCCUGUUUUUCAUCUUGAAAUGGUUGCGUCGAAAGGAAGUAAUGGCAGAUGGCUACGCAAAUACAAAGUCUUUUUUCUCAUCGGUUUAGUCAUACUCUUGUUCCAAGUGCUCUUGGCUGCACAUUUCCUUGAAUUGAAUAGAACCAAUUCUGUCGAUGACUGGCAACCGCAGAGUCCGAAACCGGCGCCACAACAUGCGGAAAAUGGAGUCCGGAAAAAAACGCAACCCACAAAUAACACCGUUCUGAAAUUGGAAGAACUGAAUUUCAAGCCUGAAUGUGAAAUCACGGGGAAAGAAGCGGUGUCGGCAAUCCAUAGAGCACGAACCCAGUAUUGCAAACAACUUAUCGCUAAUGUAACGUGUCGCUCGUUGGCGGGCGUGUUAUACUCCGAACAUCUGUCUGGUGAUUGUCCAAGUGAUGGAAGAGUUACAGGAAAGUCGCUGGGGUGUUUUAAAGAUGAAAGUAGCUAUAGGUUGCUCAGUGGGUAUUUUGGUGUCAGUAAGAAGGGCAAUUCUCCGGAGUAUUGUAUACAAAUGUGUCUUCAGUCAGGAUUUGAGUAUGCUGGUGUAGAGUAUUCAUAUGAAUGUUUUUGUGGAAAUGAUGAACCCCCUUCCACUUUCAAGUUACCAGAUUCUUCAUGCAAUAUGAAAUGCCCAGGGAAUUCCCACGCGAUUUGUGGGGGUUAUUAUACUAUAAAUGUGUAUCAGACGGGGAUAAAAAAAUUUGUGCCUCAAGUUGCCAAUACCGAAUCGCCACCAUCAGAUGAACACGUGAAGAUUGUUUUUUUACUAACUCUGAACGGCAGGGCAUUAAGACAAGUUAAAAGACUGCUCAAAAUAUUAUAUCAUACAAACCAUUAUUAUUACAUUCACGUGGAUGUGCGCGAGGAUUACCUCUUCCGCGAGCUCCUCGCCCUCGAGCGCCGCUUCCCCAACAUCCAUCUCACCCGUCGCCGCUUCGCUACGAUCUGGGGCGGCGCGUCCCUCCUCGAGAUGCUCCUCAGUUGCAUGACGGAGUUGCUCGAGACGCCCUGGCGCUGGGACUUUGUCCUCAACCUCAGCGAAUCCGACUAUCCCGUCAAGCUCAUCUCCUCCCUCGAGCGCUUCCUCGCCGCCAACCGCGAGCGCAACUUCGUCAAAUCGCACGGCCGCGACACGCAGCGCUUCCUGCAAAAGCAGGGCCUCGACAAGACCUUCGUCGAGUGCGACAUGCGCAUGUGGCGAGUUGCCGACCGCGUGCUGCCUGCCGGUCUGCAGAUGGACGGCGGCAGCGACUGGGUGGCGCUCUCGCGCUCGUUUGUCGCCCACGUCGCCGCCAAACAGCCCGACACUCUGGUGGCGGGGCUGCGCCAGGUGUUCCGACACACGUUGCUGCCGGCGGAGACGUUCUUUCACACCGUGCUGAGGAACUCGCGCUUCUGCGGAAGUUACGUGGACAAUAACCUGCACGUGACGAACUGGAAGCGGAAGCUGGGGUGCAAGUGCCAGUACAAGCACGUGGUGGACUGGUGCGGGUGCAGUCCCAACGACUUCCGCCUGGAGGACUGGGGGCGGAUACAGAGCACGGGGAGCAGGCAGUUGUAUUUUGCGAGGAAAUUCGAGCCGAUCGUCAACCAGGCGGUGCUGCUGAAGCUGGAGCUGUGGCUGUUCGGGCUGGAGAAGCCGUCGAGGAAGGUGGUGAACUUACACUCGUACUGGCAGAGUGUGUACCAUCACGUGGACCUGUCGCCCUCCAUCGACGACGGGCUCAAAACGACCAUCACGUCAGUGGGGCGGACCUGGAGCAAAACCAUCUCCAACAAUACGUGCACCGUAGAGCCCAAGCGAACCAUAACCGCCACCACGUACCACGUCAUGGACACCUACAAAUUCACGCUAGUGCAUUUCAAGGUCAUCGCGGACUCUCGCGAGGUUGACAUCGAGGUGGCUUUCCGGCCCAUCAACAUGACAUAUCUAGUAGCACCUUCUGCUCUUACCAAACGUAUCGAGGAACUCAGCGUUAGCAGCGACUUUGACCAAAAAGAACAAAUCUCGAGGAACUUCCCGCGCAUCCUCUCGCCGUAUUCGGAACCGGUCCUCAUCUACAAAUUCGCCUCCAGCGAGACCACAAUCGUCCACAACAUCUCGUGCUUGUGGAUAGACCCCACGGGGACUCUCUCGGAAAUCACCGACAUAUCAGUCGACGAGAACGCCAUCAUCGGGCACUCGAAGCCCCUCAUGAAGCAACCGCAUCUGCCUGGGGCGUGGACCGUUAAACUCAUUCAACACGACGCGCUCAUCGCCGAGGCCAAGUUUCUCGUGACCCCGCUGGAAUUCUACUCCGGGCUUCCGAUCACCGCGAAGCAGGCAGCGUUGAUUCACGGCGGGUCUCACUCACGCGUGAUAACGGACAGUUUCGAGAAGUUUUUGAAGAGUCGCUACGACGAAACUAUGCUCAAAGCCGUGAGUGUAUCUAACGCGAAGCGAAUAGGCCGGGAGCUGAGGGAGUGGAUCGACGCCCUCUUCGCGAAGUUCUACGUGGUGGAGAGAAUGUGUGCGGUCAAGAAAAACGUGGAGGUUUGUGGAGUGCAGAUGGAGGAGUGCGAGAAGACGACUUGGAGCUCGUAUGCGCCGGAUCCGAAGAGCGUCAUCGGAGAGGUCAAUAAGACGACGGGGGCGUUCGAUAUAUGGUGAUCGAUCACAUGUGAUACGCUGUUGGUGCUUAUCAGUUGAUGUAAGUUGGUAUCUGGAGGUGCCUGAGGCUUUUAGAAGUUUGCGUCGUUGUGUCGAGAAGAAAACUGAUGCACUGUUAUUUUGAAGCUCUUCUUAAAUUGAUAAUUUUGUAAGUGAAGCAAAUAAUGGUGAACAGGGUGACGCAACGAAUUUAUUUGGGGUUAGAAGUUUAAUUGAGACACGAUUUGCGAGUUUCGACGCUGCAUAACCACCCCUAAGAUAAAUAUAUUUUUUAAAGAUACAGGUUUUUCAGUUGAGUCAAAUUAAUAUUUUACGAUUUUUCCACAUGCAUCUUCCCGGUAAAUUGCAGCAACAAAUAAUAAUGUGACAAAUCGAAAAGAUUAAGUCAUUCGUCCAUGCAUACAGUUAUUUUUGUUAUUUCUCGCUUUGCUAAGUCGUUAACUGUGUACAGGGUGUUUCACGAGAAGCUCCACGCCUAAAAAAUUCAAGACGCAACCAGAAAUACAAUUUCAAAACCAUCUUUGAUAUUUCAUACAUUUUUUUUUUUUAAGUAAAACGGUAGUUAUCGGUUGUAUUUAACAACAUUGACGUAUUAUCAGAUACUAUCACGUUAAAACUGAAAUUUCGUCAAAGUUGAUGCAAUGAGUGUUCAAACGACGGAAAGACUGACAUGAUUUUGAUACAUGGUGAUUGAUUGGUGAGUGCUUCACGGUUUUGUAGCGAACAUUAUCCGUACAGAUUUCCUGACAAGCCCUUAUUUUGAAUUUGUUCGUUUUUAAUUUUAACCUAAACGUUUACGUUCAUUUCUAAAUUAUCAAAACCAAACAGCUGUGUUUAACUUAAAACAGAAAUUAUGGUGAAUAUCAAAGAGGUUUGUACUGUUGGUUGCGUUUUGAAUUUUUCAGGCGUGGAUUUUGGCCUGAAUAACCUGUAUAAUGGUCAAAUAGCUGAAGUGUUUUGUAUUGAGAUACUGUUUGGUUCGCAUCCACGUACAAUUUUACGAAUCAACAGCGGAGUCAAUAAAGGAGACCUUUGUGUCGUGAAAUUGCGCAUGCGUAAUUCAGUAAAAAUCGCCUGUCUCAAAGAAACGUAACAAUGACUCUUGUCAUUGAGAAUUGUGUUGCGCGGUUCAAACCAAAAAGAACAGUGCCACACAAGGCUCAAAUGACAUCUAGCAUUGUUCUGAUAAUAUCUGGCCGUUUGUAAUAUGCUCAUCGCAUACCGUGGAAUUGUCCUCUUUGGUUAUGGUGAUCAUUUAUGCAGUUUUUACAGUUUAAUCAGUAGCAGUAUCACCAAAUCACUUUAAAUAAGUGAUCAUUCUUUACCAACAACAAAAUUUCAUGUGGGUGCAGCUGCAACGUACACGAUAUGUCAUUAAUGCAUCAACUGUUGUGACACAAACAAGUUUUUUUAAAGCCGUGGAUGUAGUACUUUGGGGUUUUCGUUGCCAUAUUUUUUAAUCAUUGUCAUUUAUAGUCAGUUUAUUUUUAAUUUAAUAAGUUAUAUUAUUGUGAUACAGUUUGUAUUAAUUUUAUGUUUGACUAAUAGAUCUUAUGUCCUGUAUCGUGCAAAAGUGAACACAUUUUUGUGAGUUCCUUUCGAAAUUUCGGCACUUCGUUCGCGUUUCGCAAAAUUUUGAGGACAAAACUCCCAAAACUGAUAUAAUUUUGAAACCAGCAUCGAAUAAAGACAAAACAAAUCCAAUACAGUAAUGCUGCAAAAGACGUUUAUUUUUUCUAAACCAUUGGUAUGAAAUCGUUUGUUUUAUCUCGUCCAUUCGUACAAUUAAGUCUAUGUUGGAACCAAUAUUUGCAACUUUUUAGUGUUCAAAGUAUGACAAAGCACGCAAGGAUAAGUUUUGCAUGAAGUACGAAUGUAAGUAAUUAGGAAAAAAGGAAAAUCAGGACUGACAAAAUUGUUCUUGUUGUAAUUACACAUACGGUUAUAAUGUAAAUAAUCAAAUAAAUUUUAUUUUAUAAAAUAA